AUGUUCAGACCAGAUCCCGCUCAAGUAGCCGAACUGCAAAGGAAGUACUCUGGCCUCGAUAACAACUUGGCAUAUGUCGCCGGACAUACCAUCGAUAACAAGUACUCGGCGUACAAAGCUGCUGAUAAGGCGGCGGCAGCCGCAAGCUCUACAUACAAGAGAACAGCCAACGUACUCAAGCAGAAGAAGCCAUACGACCUCAACAACCCAGCCUUGGGGCCUGUGGGAGGGAGAGGCAUGUAUACUAGAGAAGGCCACCAGACCUUAGCACCUUUAGCUGGCACUGCAUCCUCGAUUGUGGCUUUGACGUGCUGGAAGCCAAGGGACAAUACAGAGAACACGUAG